AUUCAGUGAUUUCUCUUCGGCUGGACCGAGGCUGCCUCCUCACGCGGCUCCCAACUAUUCCCGUAGCUCAGUGCCCCCCUCCCGCCGCUGCACUCAGCCAGGCAGACAGACUGACAGACUUGCUAGUCGGCAGCUUCACUCCCGAGGGUGCCGCGAGCCCAGGCGGCGAGGACCCGGUACCCCUGGCGCAGCGAGGUGGGAUGCUCUGCGGACAGCAGCGCUAAGUGCCCCCCAUUCCCGGCGCGGGGUGCACUAGCUCCUGGCCGCGGGCCGAGCGGCGGCGGCGGCGGCGGCGGCGGCGGCGGCGGAGGGGAUGAGCCCGGGACGCGCGAGGCGCCUGCCUCAAGCUACCGCCCGGAGAGGGACGCCGAGUAGGGCUCAUCGCAGGACCGCGCGGACCCUUGCCCCCAGUGGCACGCGGCUGCGGAGCCUUGAAGCCGCGUCUGUGAUCAGGAUGCACUGGGCGCCUCGCAGCUGGUGAGGAUGCCCUGCUGCGCGGCCCUGCGCCCCCAGCCCCAGUCCCAGGUGGGCAAGACUGAGUGGGCCCGGCUUCGGCCCCUCGUGCCGGUGGAUGAAACGUGCCGGCGUGCUUGGGUGCCAUCAGCUAUCAAAUCGGAAUUCUAAGCGCCAUGGACGAAGGCACUGGACUGCAGCCCGGGGCGGGAGAGCAGCUGGAGGCGCCGGCCACGGCAGAAGCUGCCCAAGAGAGGAGCGAGCCGGAGACCUUCAGGUCUAAGAGUUUACCGGUGCUCAGCAGCGCCUCCUGCCGGCCGAGCCUCAGUCCCGCCAGUGGAGACGCCAAGCCGGCCUUGGGCUGUGCAGAUUCUUCGGGCCGCCAGGAGUUGAAGCAAGGCCCGAACCCGUUGGCCCCCAGUCCCUCUGCCCCGUCCGCUUCGGCGGGGCUCGGGGACUGUAACCACAGGGUGGACCUCAGCAAAACCUUCUCGGUGUCCUCCGCCCUGGCCACGCUCCAGGAGCGAAGGUGCCUCUACGUGGUCCUCACGGAUUCCCGUUGCUUCCUGGUGUGCAUGUGCCUUCUGACCUUCAUCCAGGCGUUGAUGGUCUCCGGGUAUCUGAGCAGCGUAAUCACCACCAUCGAAAGGCGCUACAGUCUGAAGAGUUCCGAGUCGGGGCUGCUGGUCAGCUGCUUUGACAUCGGGAACCUGGUGGUGGUGGUGUUCGUCAGCUACUUCGGCGGCAGGGGUCGGCGGCCCCUGUGGCUGGCCGUGGGUGGACUCCUCAUCGCCGUCGGGGCAGCCCUGUUCGCCUUACCUCACUUCAUCUCGCCCCCCUACCAGGUUCAAGAGCUGAACGCCUCGGCCCCCAACGACGGCCUGUGUCAGGGCGGCAACUCCACCGCCACUCUGGAGCCUCCGGCCUGUCCGAAGGACUCGGGAGGAAAUAACCACUGGGUCUACGUGGCUUUAUUCAUUUGCGCGCAGAUUCUCAUCGGAAUGGGCUCCACACCUAUUUAUACCCUGGGACCAACCUACUUAGAUGACAAUGUCAAGAAAGAAAACUCCUCCUUGUACCUGGCCAUCAUGUAUGUCAUGGGAGCACUUGGCCCUGCAGUGGGAUAUUUAUUAGGUGGACUUCUUAUUGGUUUUUAUGUUGAUCCCAGAAAUCCUGUUCACCUUGACCAGAAUGACCCUCGUUUCAUUGGAAACUGGUGGAGUGGAUUCCUCCUUUGUGCCAUUGCAAUGUUUCUUGUGAUAUUCCCAAUGUUUACUUUCCCAAAAAAGCUUCCACCUCGACACAAGAAAAAGAAAAAGAAAAAAUUUUCUGUUGAUGCCGUUAGUGAUGACGAUGUUCUGAAGGAGAAAUCAAGCAACAGUGAACAAGCAGACAAAAAAGUUUCUUCGAUGGGAUUUGGAAAGGAUGUCAGAGACCUACCAAGAGCAGCUGUCAGGAUCUUAAGCAACAUGACAUUCCUUUUUGUGAGUUUGUCAUACACAGCUGAGAGUGCCAUUGUAACUGCUUUCAUUACCUUCAUUCCCAAGUUCAUCGAGUCACAGUUUGGUAUCCCAGCCUCCAAUGCCAGCAUCUACACUGGGGUUAUUAUCGUCCCCAGUGCUGGUGUUGGUAUUGUCCUCGGAGGCUACAUUAUAAAAAAAUUGAAACUUGGUGCCAGAGAAUCUGCAAAACUAGCAAUGAUCUGCAGUGGUGUGUCUUUACUGUGUUUUUCAACCCUAUUUAUUGUUGGAUGUGAAAGCAUUAAUCUAGGGGGCAUAAACAUCCCUUAUACAACAGGACCUUCUCUCACCAUGCCCCAUAGGAAUCUGACAGGAAGCUGCAACGUUAAUUGUGGUUGUAAAAUACACGAGUAUGAGCCAGUCUGUGGAUCAGAUGGAAUUACAUACUUUAACCCUUGUCUGGCUGGCUGUGUUAAUAGUGGUAAUCUUAGCACUGGGAUACGGAAUUAUACAGAAUGCACCUGUGUCCAAAGUCGACAAGUGAUCACUCCGCCCACCGUGGGACAGCGCAGUCAGCUCCGUGUGGUUAUUGUCAAGACUUAUCUCAAUGAGAACGGCUAUGCUGUGUCUGGGAAAUGUAAACGGACCUGCAAUACCCUUAUCCCAUUCUUAGUUUUUCUUUUCAUAGUCACCUUCAUCACAGCAUGUGCCCAACCAUCAGCUAUCAUAGUAACACUCAGGUCCGUAGAAGAUGAGGAGAGACCUUUUGCGCUGGGAAUGCAGUUUGUUUUGUUGCGAACACUUGCAUACAUUCCUACUCCAAUCUACUUUGGAGCAGUCAUUGACACCACCUGCAUGCUCUGGCAACAGGAAUGUGGUGUGCAGGGUUCUUGCUGGGAGUACAACGUGACAUCGUUUCGUUUUGUGUAUUUUGGUUUGGCUGCCGGCCUCAAAUUCGUUGGGUUUGUUUUUAUUUUUCUGGCCUGGUACUCCAUAAAAUAUAAGGAGGAUGGACUGCAGAGGCGGAGGUGGAGAGAAUUCCCCCUGAGCACCGUGAGUGAGAGAGUGGGACACCCCGACAACGCCCGGACUAGAUCUUGCCCAGCUUUCAGCACCCAGGGAGAAUUCCACGAAGAGACUGGUCUGCAAAAGGGGAUCCAGUGCGCAGCACAGACCUACGCGGGGCCCUUCCCAGAAGCAAUAAGUUCGUCUGCGGACCCGGGGCCCGAAGAGCGCCCCGCUGCCUUGGAGCCGGCCUCCUGAAGCUUGAAAAUGGAAGAAUUUAGUUGUGUUGGUUGACUUGAAAAUGGCGACUUGAGAAACAACUGUGCCUUCUUUUCUUUCUUUCUUUUUUUAACCUCUACUGACACAAUCCUCAAACCAACAAAACUCAGUAUACACAGCCGCUAUUCAUUGAGGGCUGGAUACCUCAACAAGACUGAGAGCCUUUCCCCGCUUCUCUCCAACGAGGAGACGUUCAGCUCGAUCUGUUCCCAUUUCCGUUGUGUUCAUUUAAAGCUCGUGCUCCCCUACGGUAUAGGCUGAGGUACACGGUCAGCAAAAUCAUGGGAAGGGGAAUGGCGGUGCAUAUCAUUAACUAACACUCCAAACAAAGGUGAGCUUGCCCAGGACUUGGCAUUUCCAAAUCAAAGUUUUUAGAUAUGAACACCUACUGUGAGUUCUGCUACAAAGCACAAAUGAAUUUGUCUCAACUAUGCAAUUUGAUUGGAAAACUGUAUGUGCAGCAUGUUACGUUUACUUUCACGGAAUAAAGCAGAUACGUUUCUGAAAAGAGGAA